AUGGCUCAACAAACGUACAGAGAUAAUCUGGAUGGCAUCUUCUCCGAGCUCAAGGCGCGUAAUGAUGCAACUCGCCAGACUGCGGCGGCGCGGUUGGGCGAGCAGGUGACAUCUGCCUUCCGCGAGCUCUUACCGGCCGAAUUUGCAAGAUACUACGACGAUGUCAAUCGCCGUAUCAACCAUCUUGUCAUAAACGGCAUCGAUACGCACGAGCGCACGGGCGGGCUUUACGCCCUUAACGCCCUUAUCGACUUCAGGGGAGACGAUGCUGCAUUGAAAGUCACGAAAUUCAACACCUUACUGAGACGGACACUCGAAGGUAGCGACACCAGUGCUAUGGUCGUCGCAGCGAAGUGUCUAGGCCGACUUGCAGCGCCAGGUGGCGCUCUGUCCAAUGAGCUUGUCGAUGCGGAAGUUAGGCACGCGCUCGAAUGGCUUACGUCAGAGCGCAACGAGAACAGAAGGUUUGCUGCGGUUCUUAUUCUUCGCGAAAUGGCUCGUCACAACGGUCCCCAAACAUUUCAAGUGGCCGCGCAGAUUCUAGUUAACCUCUGGGAAGGACUACGCGACCAGAAAGUCGUGAUCCGUGAGACGUCCGCGGAAACCAUGAGGGAGAUCUUUAAGGUGCUCGCUGCCAGAGAUCAGCAGACUCGGCAAACAUGCUUAACGAGGAGCUUCGAAGCCGCUCAACAAGGCUUCGGAAGAGGGACCGUCGAGUGCAUUCACGGCUCACUCCUGGCUUAUAAGGAGCUACUGAUUCAGGGUGGCAUGUUCAUGCAUGGCAACCGCUUUAAGGAGGUGUGUGAGCGCAUUCUGUCGCCGUCUUACCGUGAGCACAAAGACCCCACCAUCAGGCGCACCGUCGUUGAGAUCAUUCCGAUACUGGCAGCAUACGCACCUCAGCAGUUCUGUCGUGAUUGUCUGGCUCGUUCAAUGCAGCAUCUACAAACCCUGCUCAAGGAUCCGAAGCAACGGAACAUGGCUUUCGUCUCCAUCGGUAAGAUUGCCCACGCUGUGGGGUCGCAGAUUGCACCCUACCUGGACACGAUCCUUCUCCACAUCCGGGAAGCGCUUUCUGUGAAAAACCGGAGCAAGCUGACGGACGAGGCGCCAAUCUUUGAGUGUAUUAGCAUGAUCUCUAUCGCCGUGGGUCAGACGCUGAGCAAGUACAUGGAAGCAUUGCUCGACCCGAUCUUCGCAUGCGGCUUGUCGGAUGCCUUGACGCAAGCAUUAGUGGACAUGGCGCAUUACAUCCCGCCUGUGAAGCCAACGAUCCAGGAGAAACUGCUUGAUCUGCUCAGUCGGACCCUCUGUGGUCGACCAUAUCAGACACUGGGCCAUCCGACUCAGGGGCAGGGGUUACCUCCGAUAUACACUAAAGACGUGCGUGAACAGCGCGACCCACAGCAUCAAGAUCACAAGGACCAUGAGGUUGCCCUGGCUCUGCACACGCUGGGAUCGUUCGAUUUUAGCGGGCAUGUGCUCAAUGAAUUUGUUCGAGACGUUGCAAUCCGUUACGUCGAUGACGACGACCCCAUCAUCCGGAAGGCGGCCGCUUUGACAUGCUGUCAGCUCUUCGUUCGGGAUCCGAUCGUGCACCAGACCAGUCAUCAUGCAAUCCAAGUCGUCUCGGAUGUCAUUGAGAAGCUGCUCACAGUUGGCGUUGCGGACCCGCAACCGGAUAUCCGGCAGACAGUGCUUGCUUCGCUCGACACUCGCUUCGAUAGGCACCUAGCGAAAGCAGAGAAUGUUCGCACAUUGUUUCUCGCGCUGAAUGACGAGAAGUUCGCGAUCCGCGAGGCGGCCAUGACAAUCAUUGGCCGGCUAACAUCGGUGAACCCGGCUUACGUCUUCCCGUCACUGCGAAAAGUGCUGAUACAAUUGCUUACGGAGAUCGAGUACAGCAACAACCCGAACAACAAGCGCGAGUCAGCACAGCUCAUCAGCCAUCUGGUCAGCGCAAGCAGCAAGCUCAUCAAGCCUUAUGUCGAUCCUAUGGUGACGGUGCUUCUCCCGAAGGCAGAAGACGCAAAUGUUGACGUUGCCGCGACUACGCUGCGAACCCUGGGCGAUCUAGCUACCGUUGGUGGCGACGAGAUGAAGAAGUACAUCCCGGACCUCAUGGGUAUCAUCAUUCGGAGUCUGCAGGACUUGGCUUCGGACAAGAAGCGCGAGGCCGCUCUCUGCACACUUGGGCAGCUAGCGAGUAAUAGCGGCUAUGUCAUCGAUCCGUAUAUUGAUCACCCGCAGCUGCUCAACCUACUCGUGGGCAUUGUGAAGCACGAAGAAACAGGGCCGCUCAGACGCGAGACCAUAAGAUUAAUGGGUAUCCUGGGUGCUCUGGACCCGUAUAAGCACCAACAAGUGGUCGAAGAGUCUCCGGAAUCGAAUCUCAGAGCAGAGGCAGAAGCUGAGUCGGACGUCACGCUUAUCAUGAAGGGGAUUACGCCGAGCAAUGAGGAAUACUAUCCAACGGUGGUCAUCAACACGCUGAUGGCCAUGCUGAAGGAGGACACCUUGAAGCAGUAUCACUCGGCCGUUGUAGAGGCUGUGAUGAACAUCUAUGCCACCAUGGGCAUGAAGUGUGUGCCCUUCCUCAACACGGUCGUGCCAGGUUUAGUGAGCGUGCUGGGAGAGGCGUCUGAUGAGAGGUUAGAGGGCUACUUCAGUCAGCUCAGCGUACUCGUCAAGAUUGUGCGGCAGCAUAUUCGCCCCCAUCUCCCUGUGAUCAUUCACGCCGUGUCCGACUACUGGUCCAAAGGCGUUCGACUGCAAGCGACAAUGCUUCAACUCAUUGAGAGCGUUGCCAGAAGCCUGGAGGGCGAGUUCAAGGUCUAUCUUGCAGGCGUGCUUCCACUCAUGCUUGGGGUACUGGAUGCAGACGCCAGGACUGAAGCCGGCAAGUCCGCUUGUCAAAGGGUGCUGCAUGCAUUUCUGGUUUUCGGCAGCAGCGCAGAGGAGUAUAUGCACUUGAUCAUUCCUGUAAUCGUCCGCAUGUUCGACACGGAUAGGGCCCGACCGCGGGACGUCCGAAAGGCUGCUAUCGAAACGAUAGGACGCAUGAGCAAGCAAGUCAACAUCUCCGAAUUUGCAGCCAAGAUCAUUCACCCGUUGUCGAGAGUCCUGGCUGCGGGUGAUCAAUCUUUGCGGCAGACGGCGAUGGAGACAUUGUGUGCUCUCGUGUUUCAGCUUGGACCGGAUUACCUGCACUUCGUGCCUACUAUCGACAAAGUUUUGGUGCAACAGCGAAUACAGUACUCCACUUACACGCUGAUUGUCAACAAGCUAAGGAAGAACGAGCCCUUACCACAGGAUCUUAGCCCAGACCAGCGUUACGGAGAUGAGGAUGACGACCCGUUUCAGGCCGAUAUCGCUACGAAGAAGCUUCCUGUGAAUCAGCAGCACCUGAAGAACGCUUGGGAGGCGAGCCAAAAGUCGACGAAGGAGGACUGGCAAGAGUGGAUGCGGAGACUGUCAGUCGAACUGUUGAAAGAGUCGCCGCAACAGGCUCUUCGGGCUUGCACGCCGUUGGCCAGUAUCUAUCCGCCUUUAGCCCGAAGUCUGUUUAACAGCGCGUUUGUCAGCUGCUGGACGGAGCUGUACGACCAGUACCAGGAGGAGCUGGUCAGAUCACUCGAGGUGGCUCUCACGUCGCCUCAGAUCCCACCAGAGAUCUUGCAGAUACUGCUCAACCUGGCGGAGUUCAUGGAGCACGACGACAAGGCUUUGCCGAUCGACGUCCGUACUCUGGGUGUAUAUGCGGCAAAAUGUCAUGCUUUUGCUAAGGCGCUACACUACAAGGAGCUCGAGUUCAAUGCCGAGCAAAGCGCGAGUGCCGUCGAGGCACUCAUUAGCAUCAACAACCAGUUGCAGCAGACUGAUGCGGCUUUUGGCAUACUCCGUAAGGCGCAAGGCUUCAACGAGGUCGAUCUCAAGGAGACGUGGUUCGAGAAGUUGCAGCGCUGGGAAGAAGCGUUGAUGGCCUACCAAAAGCGAGAGAAAGACGAAGGCGAGAAGGCAGGUUUCGAUGUCAUCAUGGGAAAGAUGCGCUGUUUGCAUGCUCUUGGUGAGUGGGACACGCUCUCCUCCAUCGCGCAGGACAAGUGGCUCAAUGCCUCGAAUGAGCAUCAUAAGGCGAUAGCACCGUUGGCGGCUGCGGCUGCGUGGGGCAUGGGACAGUGGGAAGUUAUGGACACCUAUCUUGGCGUGAUGAAGCCAGCCUCGCCCGACCGCUCCUUCUUUGGCGCCAUCCUGUCAAUACACCGCAAUCAGUUCGACGAAGCGCAUGCGCACAUCACAAGGGCGCGGGAAGGGCUCGAACAGGAGCUUAGCGCGCUCCUGGGAGAGUCGUAUACCCGAGCGUACGGAGUAAUUGUCCGCGUGCAGAUGCUUGCGGAGCUGGAGGAGAUCAUCACUUACAAGCAGCACUCCAACGAUCUUGACAAGCAGGAGCGGAUGAGAGAGACCUGGACUAAGCGGCUCAAAGGCUGUCAGAGGAACGUUGAAGUCUGGCAGCGUAUGAUGAAAGUCCGCGCGCUUGUCAUUACACCGCAAGAGAACACGGAGAUGUACAUCAAAUUCGCAUCCAUCUGCCGCAAAGCGCAGCGGACCGGUCUGGCGGAGAAGAGUUUAAACUCACUAUUGGGUGGACAAGGCAGUAUAGUCUCGCCUGCCAGCAUCACCAAGGUCCAUGAAGCGCCGUACCCGGUGCAGUACGCAAUCUACAAGUUCCUCUGGAGCAAUAACCACCGCGAAGGCGCAUUGAGCGCGCUGAAAGAUUUCACGGGACGGCUUAAGAGUGAGUACGAGGAACGCGGAGCAGCGCUUUCCGCUGGCAUCGUAAGCGGCAGCCACACGCUUGUGAACGGCGCCAACGGCAUGAAUGGACUUCAUGGGGUUCAAGCGCCUUUCGGACCCACCAAUCCAACUGCUCUGCCUAAAGAGAAGGCAGAGCUUGAUGAAUGGCGCAUACUGCUCGCACGCUGCUACUUGAAGCAGGGAGAUUGGCAAAUCAAGCUGCAUGACGGUGACUGGGAGUCUGACCAUGUCCAAGAUGUUUUAUAUUCAUACUCGCAUGCCACACGGUACAAUGAGAACUGGUAUAAGGCAUGGCACGCUUGGGCGCUGGCGAACUUCGAGGUAGUCACAUCGAUGACAUCUAACACCGACAGGGAAUCGGCUGAUAUCUCCCGAGAGACCGUCAAUGAGUACGUUGUUCCGGCCAUUAAAGGCUUCUUCAAGUCCAUUGCGCUAUCGUCCUACAGUUCCUUGCAGGACACGCUCCGGCUGCUAACGCUGUGGUUUGCGCAUGGGAAGCAUCAAGAGGUUACGCACAGUGUCACUCAGGGUAUAGCAAGUGUGAGCGUGGACACAUGGCUGGAGGUGAUACCGCAGCUUAUUGCUAGGAUCAAUCAGCCGAACAAAAUCGUCCGGGAUGCGAUCCACAACUUACUUGUUGAUGUUGGCCGAGCGCACCCUCAGGCGCUCGUCUAUCCGCUAACCGUCUCGAUGAAGGCAGACGGCGGCAAUCGAUCACGCUUCGCUACACGGAUUAUGGAGGCGAUGCGUCAGCACAGUCCAGACUUAGUUGAGCAAGCCGGCCUCGUCAGUCAUGAACUCAUUCGUAUUGCAGUGCUGUGGCACGAGCUAUGGCAUGAAGGGUUGGAGGAGGCUUCGCGGUUGUACUUCGGCGACCAUGACAUUCAGGGCAUGCUCGCUACCCUCGAGCCGCUGCACGAGAUGCUGCGCAAAGGGCCCGAAACACUGCGUGAGAUAUCGUUCAUCCAGAGCUUUGGUCGCGACCUGGCAGAAGCUAGAGACUACUGCGAAGCGUACAAGACCACGCAAGAGAUCGGCGACCUCAAUCAGGCGUGGGACCUGUACUAUGGAGUGUUCAAGCGUAUUGCCAGGCAAUUGCCGCAAUUGAUGAGCUUGGAGCUGCAGUACGUCUCACCGGAGUUGAAGCAUGCGCAUGACUUGCAGCUCGCCGUGCCCGGAACAUACCAGAGCGGGAAGCCUAUUGUUCGGAUUCAGUCGUUCGAUCCAGUUGCGACCGUCAUCUCGUCCAAGCAGAGGCCUCGCAAGUUGUCCCUGCGCGGAAACGACGGCAACAGGUACGAUUUCUUGUUGAAAGGUCAUGAGGACAUCAGACAAGAUGAGCGAGUCAUGCAACUGUUUGGCCUGGUCAACACGUUGCUGGCGACUGAUCCGGAGUGUCUUAAGCGGCAUCUCAACAUUCAGCGCUACGCAUCAAUCCCGCUGUCAACACAGUCCGGUCUGCUAGGCUGGGUGCCGAACAGCGACACCUUGCAUGUGCUGAUCCGCGAAUAUCGUGAGAGCCGCAAGAUCUUGCUCAACAUCGAACACCGUAUAAUGCUGCAGAUGGCACCUGAUUAUGACAAUCUCACACUAAUGCAGAAGGUCGAAGUGUUUGGGUACGCUCUUGACAACACCACAGGUCAAGAUCUCUACCGAGUGCUAUGGCUGAAGAGCAAGAGCUCGGAGGCCUGGCUCGAUCGACGCACGAAUUACACUCGCUCACUGGCCGUCAUGUCAAUGGUAGGCUACAUUCUUGGACUAGGGGACCGUCAUCCUUCCAACCUCAUGCUAGACCGCAUAACGGGUAAGGUCAUCCACAUCGACUUCGGCGACUGUUUCGAAGUGGCCAUGCAUCGUGAAAAGUACCCUGAACGAGUGCCUUUCCGCCUGACGAGAAUGUUGACCUUCGCAAUGGAAGUCAGCAACAUUGAGGGCAGCUUCAGGACGACCUGUGAGCAUGUCAUGAGGCUUCUGAGAGGCAACAAAGAGUCCCUCAUGGCCGUGCUCGAGGCCUUUAUCCACGAUCCUCUCCUCACGUGGCGUCUCGGCACCCGCGAAUCCCCGCCUGAACCUUCUUUCCCCUCCGAGCGCCGCUCCUCGGUAGCUGCGCCCGCGCCGCAAGAGGGUCGUCGGCCCAGCGUCAUAGGAGGCGAGCCAGGUGCCAUAGGCGAGCGCCCUGGCGGCUCUUAUCACCGCGGCGGUAGGUUGAGCAUUGCACAGGUCAACGGCGGGAAUCCGGACCCGGCGGAGAAGGAGGUACAGAACGCGCGGGCAUUGCAGGUUCUCAGCCGUGUGAAGGAAAAGUUGACGGGCCGAGACUUUAAGAAAGAGAUCGAGCUACACGUUGACGAACAAGUGGAGAAGCUGCUCAGCGAGGCGACGAAUCUGGAGAACCUCUGCCAGCAUUACAUUGGGUGGUGCUCCUUCUGGUGA